AUGUGUUCCUCACUGUUCCGCUGGCUGGGGGGUUUAGGCACCAACCCAGCGGGUUACAAGCCAGCCCAGGCUCUCCCCAGCCAUUCCCAUGAGCUCGGGGUGGAGCUGGUCGGUUGUACCGAGGCGGGGAGCUUGUGGGGGGCUGGGGGUGUGUGCGGGGGGAGGGUUGCUUCACGGACACUAACCCCGACCUUGCUUCUCUCUGCACAGUUCGCCCAGUACGCCGAGAUCGUCAAUUUCACCCUUCCCAACGGCACCACGCGGAGCGGGCAGAUCCUGGAAGUGGUGGGGACUAAGGCUAUCGUGCAGGUGUUUGAAGGCACAUCUGGGAUUGAUGCCAAGAAGACCUCCUGCGAGUUUACUGGGGACAUCCUCCGGACCCCUGUGUCUGAGGACAUGCUGGGCCGGGUGUUUAACGGUUCUGCAAAACCCAUCGACAAAGGCCCAGCUGUGAUGGCCGAGGAUUUUCUCGAUAUUAACGGGCAGCCCAUCAACCCUCACGGGCGCAUAUACCCCGAGGAGAUGAUCCAGACGGGCAUCUCGCCCAUCGACGUCAUGAACAGCAUCGCCAGGGGGCAGAAGAUCCCCAUCUUCUCCGCGGCCGGGCUCCCUCACAACGAGAUCGCCGCCCAGAUCUGCAGGCAGGCCGGGCUGGUGAAAAAGUCCAAGGACGUGAUGGACUACCACGAAGAGAACUUCGCCAUCGUCUUCGCACCGCCGGGGGUGAACAUGGAAACCGCCCGCUUCUUCAAGUCGGACUUCGAGGAGAACGGCUCCAUGGCGAAUGUGUGCCUCUUCCUGAACCUCGCCAACGACCCCACGACCGAGCGCAUCAUCCCCCCGCGCCUGGCGCUGACCACGGCCGAGUUCCUGGCCUACCAGUGCGAGAAGCACGUCCUGGUGAUCCUGACCGACAUGAGCUCCUAUGCGGAGGCCCUGCGGGAGCUGUGGGCAGCCAGAGAGGAGGUGCCAGGCCGCAGGGGCUUCCCGGGCUACAUGUACACCGACCUGGCCACCAUCUACGAGCGCGCCGGGCGCGUGGAGGGCAGGAACGGCUCCAUCACGCAGAUCCCCAUCCUCACCAUGCCCAACGACGGCACGAUCUGCCGCCCAAGGCACCGCGCUGGAUGCCAGGAGCACCGCCAGCUGGGCCGGGCUCCCCCGUGGCUCAUACGGUGCCUGGCUCUAAAGCGGGGGUCCCAAUCCCCCCCUCCGGCAGGGGGUUCACUAGUGGGUGUCCGGGGGCGACACGCCCGCCGUGCAGGGCAUGCGAAGGUCGCCGUGUUCGUGUGCUUUCUGCCGCCACAGAUCUACCCCCCGAUCAACGUGCUGCCCUCCCUGUCCCGUCUGAUGAAGUCGGCUAUCGGGGAGGGCAUGACCCGGAAGGACCACGGGGAUGUGUCCAACCAACUGUACGCCUGCUACGCCAUCGGGAAGGACGUCCAGGCCAUGAAGGCCGUGGUCGGGGAGGAGGCUCUGUCGGCGGACGACCUGCUCUACCUGGAGUUCCUGCAGAAGUUUGAGAAGCAAUUCAUCGCGCAGGGCCCCUACGAGAACAGAACCAUCUUCGAAUCGCUGGACAUUGGCUGGCAGCUGCUCCGCAUCUUCCCGAAGGAGCUGCUGAAGCACAUCCCUGAGAGCAUCCUGGCCGAGUACUACCCGCGGGAGGCCAAAGCGGCCGGCCCUCAGCACACUGACACAGCCCUGUAGCUGCUGACUCUGCCCGGCCCGAUCCUUUGCUCCGGGCCCCCCACCGGCCUCCCGUUCCUUUCCCCAGUGGCGGGGCGGGCAGCGUGAUACUUACCCCACCCGCAGCAACUGUGCCCCUUGGCGCUGACCCCGUG